GUCCGACUGUCCAAUGUUCCUUCAAGCGGCACUUUGCGAGACACGUCCUUGCCCUUUCACCAUGACUACGCUUCCUCCAGAGCUCGUAGAGAUAAUCGUACAUAAAGUCUGGUACUCUGAAAUGCCGUCCUACAUCCGGAAAUCCUUCAUGACUACUUGCCCCAUCAUUGACCGAACCUGGAAAGCCGCAUAUGCCCCUAUCGCUUCUCAGGAUAUGUACAUCACCAACCUCGCUUUCCUGGACUACCUAUGUGACACAGCACUCUGCCAAAAAUCCAUUAUCUAUCAUGACUUUAUCCCCCAGCUGGCACGUAGCAUUACCUGCUUCGUCGACCUCCGAGAAGAUAAAAAGGAAAGAGCGGCAAAAGCAGUGUACCGUUACCUCGUUGCGCUACGCAACACACUUGGUUUCCAAGUUCUGUUCAAACAUGUCCGUUAUAUAUCCUUCCAGCUCGUUUGGAUUAGCAUUGACGGGGGUGUAAUUCGCUAUUUACCGUCGGCCCUUGGUCUCACCAUCAGCGCGCGUUACGAUCGGUUCCUGUCUAAUGUCCCCCCGCUUCACUCCAGACCCUGCGCUAGGAAGUCAGGAAUGCAUAUAUACUUUUCCAUGAUAAACUUGAGCUCCUGGCGGCAACUCCCGACAAGAUUCUGGGCACAUGUGUUUGCCGGCUUGCGUACAAUCGGGUUCCCUGGUGAAUUAUUCAACACUAAAAUAUGGCCGGAGCCGCAUGAGGUGUCCGUAGUCGGUGGGGUCCGACACUUCCGUCAAUUCACGUACAUAUAUGAGAGGCGGCUCGGAUCGUGGGAUCCAAGGAAUAUCAAUCAGCGUCUGUGGAUGGCCUUAAGGGACGGCACAGGUUCAGGUGUCUUGCCAGUCUAUUCUAUCAUUGGCAAUUUAAACGCAUGGAAUCAUCUUUAUCCACCUCGUGCUAUUUCUAUAGGAAUGAUGUUAAGAGACUGAUGUGAAGAAAAGCUAUGCUUCCAUCCAACGACACCCGCUAUGGUUUUCGGCGGUCAGUGUUAUCUUUUGCCAUAUUGUCUGAACCUAGAAGCUAAUGUACACAAUGCUAGGCCACACUCAUAUACCGGACUGCCAUCAGUGCUUAUUUUCAUCGACCGUUGAUCGCAACAAUAGACAGUAUGCCUUAUCAGUCCAACUCGAUGGAUGAUUUAUGUCACGGCUCGACGGCCUUUGGAUAAUAAACGUGUCAUUUAUGAGUAGAAUACUAGAAGAAACGUCUUCGUUCGAUACGAGAAAAGACAAUUAAAUAAAUCACCUCAGAAUUAAGUCAACUUUUUUUUGGCUUCGACCUCGGAACAGCAAUAAACCAGACCCGAUUUUGGAUU